AUACUUUUAACAUAUCUGGUUAGAGUAUUGAUUAGUAAAUCAAAAAAACCGCGCAAAUUAAGCUUUGGGAAAUAUUCAAUACAAUUAAUUUCGAACAAAUAAAUUUAAAUGGCGCCUAAGCGUAAACGUAAAGCAAAAAAUGCAGCUGAAUUAACGGAUAAUAGUGCUGCUAAAAAAUCAAAAGCUUCAACAUUUGAAAAUCCAGUUACGGACCCAAAUCUUCCAGUUUUAUAUAUUGAACAUUGCCGCUCCUGAAAUGUAUUUCGCCGCCGUGCCAUCCAAAUCCAUGCCGAUUUACUUGAACGUUUACAAACUUUAAAGCCGGAUAUAGAACUUCAAUUACUCAUGAAUGUUGAUCGUCCUCCUCGACGUGGUGCUUUUGAAAUAGCCAUUAGAACAAAGUCUGGCGAAGAACGCCAAGAAUUGUGGUCAGGACUUAAUCGCACACCACGAGCUCAAAAGUUUCCACCCAUGGAUGAGUUGGUAAAAGCUGCGUCUCGCGCUUUGAAUAUCAAUUUGGAUGCGGAUAUGGCAGGCGGUUCAGAAGUUACUAAUGAAGGCGGGCAGAAAGUAGAUGAUGAAGCGUUAACCAAGGCGGCAAAAAAGACAAAAAGAUUAACUUCUAAAUAAAAUAGCUGAAUUUUUGAAAGCAAUAGGUGCUGGUAGCAUUUAUGACCAGUGUUUUGGUAAAUUCCUUUAACGAGAAGCUGAACACUGCGAUAUUUUUGAGCUCAAUGCGCUUGUUGCUGAAUAAAAUUAAUAUUAUAAGAUUUGAAACUCGAUCACGCAACUUUCAUGAUGUUAACACUUAAAGCUGGCACUUAUGACAAUAGUUGUUGGAAACUCAUCUUAGGAACACAACUAGACGAUAUUACAAUUUGCCGUUAAGUAACCACAAUGAAAGGAGUGAUAACGCGAUGUAUUGGAAUUUCAUAUAAAUUAUUAAAAAAUGAGAAUAACAUUAAAUGUUUCCUUAUAUUCAUCAAUAAACGUGUAAUUUUGGAAAUCAUAAAAUAA